AUGCUUCCUUUCUUCCAUCAGUCCUCUCUCUCUCUCUCUCUCGUAUUAGUAGCCAAAAUCCUCUACCUGCUUCCUCCGUCACCAGGUUCGACACAAGAUUCGUUUGCACCGCCAUCUCGCGAUUUUAAAUACACUGCUACCGCGGCGCUACUACUCCAAACCUUAACAAAUCCGGCUGCUGCUGCUGCUGCUGCUGCUGCUUCGUUUUUCUCCAGCUCUCUUGUGGUAGUUGUCUGUCUAUCUAUCUUUCUUUCUAACUCCCCUUCUCUCUCGCGUUUGUCUCACUCUAUUUCAUACACACACACACUUUCUCUUUCUUCUGUGUCAUCCACCCUCCCUCCUCUCGUGAGCUCGAAUCAACGAAGCCUACAAGGGCUGUCUAAACACUUUCUUUUUGACAGCUUUGUUUUUCGCCUUCUUGACAUCACUUAUCUUUUUCUUUCUCUUUUUUUCCGCCUUUUUUUCUUUCUGUCUUUAUUUUUCCGCUCUUUCUCGUUUUUUUUGUUCUUUUUCAUCUGUACCUCUUUUUCUCUCUCCCACUUUUUCUCUCUCCCACUUUUUCUGUCUUUCCUUUUCUCUUUUUCUCUUUUUCAUUUCUAUUUUCCUUUUGUCUCAUUCUGUUUCAUUUUUAGCCGUCUUCCUCUCUUUUUCUCUUUUUCUCUUUUUCUCUUCUGUUCUCUGAUUCUCCUCUUUCUCUUUUUUUCUUUCUCUUUUUCACUUUUUCUCAAUUGUCUUUCUUUUUUCUCUCUUUCGUUUUUUUUCCUGACAUUUCUCUCUUUGUCUCUGUCUUUCUUUCUUCGCCUCUUUAUUUCUCUUCCCCCCCUCCUCCUCUUCCUCCCGUCUUCCGCUCUCGCUUUCCUUCAUUUUUCUUUCUCUCUUCAUCUGCACCUAACCGAAAAGAGUGGAAGGAGAGAAUCCCCUUUCCCCCAUUUCCAAACUUAA